UAUUAGGUGGUUUGCUAUAGCCUCCUUUUUGCCAGGAAGAACAGACAAUGAUAUAAAGAACUUUUGGAAAUUGCAUUUACGGAAGCAGGGAAGUGUUCCCAACCAUCAAAACUAUUGAUUGUUUGAUGAAAUUUUACUAGUCACCACAGCUGUGUUUAAGAUUUUAGAUUUGGUUAAUAGUGUAGUUCUGAGUUAUGAUUAAAUUGAGCUGAAUUCAAGUUCUGUGGUUGGCUUUCAUAGUGCUUUUUGGUAGAGGGAUUCCCUGGCCAAGUCUCAAAUCUACUUUAGUUAAUGUACAGAGAAAAAUAUUGAGUUGCAAGUGAAAUUAUAAGACUUAGCUUGCCUUUAAUAUUGGAGAGAUUAGUUUAUUAGCAGUUGAACACUAACUAGGUUGCUAAAAUUGAUUUCAUUAGUAGGCAAAAUCACAUUUCUGUCUUUUCUUUUUCUUUGGUGGGUUCUUUCUACACUUAAUAUGUAAAUUAUGUUCCAUGUUCACUUUAGCACAUCUGAAUCAUCUUACUGUGGCUCAUCUGAAUGAUCUUACUGUGGCUCUAUUAGUAGUGUGAACGACUCUAAACAUUUUUGGUUAUGGUGACCUAUUUUUAGUUGGCAAGUGUUCUUUCUUCCUGAUCAUAUGAUAAUAAUUUUAACUUUAAUUUUUGUUUUUGAAUUGAUGUUUAAUUGUAUUAUGUAAAAUGGUAACUAAGCCAUCAUGAAGUCUGAUCCGGAAUACCUGAUUUGGAAUUACAAAGACCAAAAGUCUGAACUCUCUAUGAAGAUCAAGGAGUUGCAGAAAGCGGGCAAGGAAGUCAAAAAGCUUGAGUUGAACUCCUCAAGUAUGCCUAAGUCAUUAUGGCUACUUUACUGUUAUUACAAGCGUGCACUUGGGAAUGGAGAGAGUUUACAAAUAUUGCUAGAUAAUAAUGUCUUCGGGGAAGAAUGUACUCUCUUUGUGCACGACGAAGAUGUUACUCCUUUUUGUCAAUUGAUGCCAAUAUCGUACACGUGUAUUGCUGUCUACAUAUGGUAUUUGUAUAACAAGAUGAUGGAAGAGAACAAGCUUGAAAAAUUCAGAUUUAUGCAGCCAAGUGUUGUAGGGCAUCUGCCAACGAAAAGAACAGAUACAAAUUUUCUAGAAAAUCAAUUGGAAAAGAGGGCACGAGCUUUAGCAAACAGACUGCUGGACAUUCCAAGUGAUGCAACACUUUUGGUGCCAUGUAAUAUAGGGUAA